UCCCGGUCCCCGGGACGCACGCUCCAGACGUCUCUGGGGGCGGGGCCGGGGGCGGGGCCUGGCCUCGUUGUGGAGCGGCUCGUAAUCCAUCAUGGCGGCUGCGGGGGUCGGUGUCCGUCCCUGAGCAGCGCCGAAGCCUGAGCCGGUGCCCGGGUCCUGCGACUGAGAAGCCCCUCGCUUGUCCGAGGCCCCUACCUGCGGGAGGAGGCUGGGCCCCGCGGCGGAGCUCGGGGGAUGUGACUGCCUGGCCGCGGCGGCCGUGGCAGCGUGCGGGGCCGGGGGAGGGGGUGUCUCGGGCACAGACCCCCGGGCUCGGGGCAGCUGAGGCGGCCGGGCCUCCUCCCCCCUCCGCCCGCCCCCCGCUCUCCGGGCCGCGAGAGUCCUUCGUCCCUUACAGCCCUGCCCUGGCUCCGGGACACUGGGGUGGUCUCUGUCCCCCAGACCUGGGACACCCCGUUUCCUGAGGCGUGGAGGAGCGUCGCCCCCCGAGUAAGCCGCCCGUGCCCCGCCCCGGCAACCUCCUUCCUACCCCGGAGCCGCCCCUUGCUCCGACUCCCGGCCCCGAGUUUGGCCUCAGAGCCCCCCAUUCAAAUCCCCUCCUUGCUGUCAAGGGGCCUCCCCUUGCCCCCCGGUUGCUCCCGCGAGCCUCUAAUGCCCUGACUUCUUCCAAUGUCACCUACGGACCCCUUAGUCCCAGCCCAGCCCGAAGCCUUAAUGCAAAGGAAAAGUCUGGACUGGUUUCACAGGCCUUUUAAAAAGCGGACUUAAAAGUUGCUGGCCAUGCAUUCCUUCUGGUGAGAGCCGAGGGCAAGCUCUGGCUGAAGUCUGGGGGACCCGUGUCCCCUUCCGGCGAUCAGGGUAGAGAAGCAGGAGCGGCAGCCAGCUCGGCAGGAAAUUUGUCGGAAGAUGAAGAAACUGAGCUAGGGGGAGGGUGACUUCCACAGGAAAAGUUCUGGAGGAGCACCCCGAGGCCAUCGACGUUUCCUUUUAGUGUCACUCACCCUUUUCCAGCAUCCCCUGUGAAUGUUUCCGUUUAGGUUUUCCUCCUGGAAAAGAAAGAAGCUGUUAUUCAGCCAGUAAAAAGACACUUAAAAUCCAGAAACUUUGGGGGGAGCAUUGCCAUUACGUUACUUCUAACUGAUAAACUGCGAAAAUAAUCGGAACUCCUGUUUACAUGUGUCAACCUAGAAACUGUGCUACCUUUUGUUACGGACGAUGUCUUCUGUGAUUGACCUCAGUUCAUGACUUGUGGAGAUGCAGUGAAUGUGACAUCCCACGUGUGUACCAUUUUCCUUCUAAGCUCACUUACCCUUCUGAACGAGCUUGGACCCUCUUCUGGAAAGGGGUGACCAUCGUUGCUUUAUGGGGCAGCAGCCUGGAAAAGUUCUUGGGGACCAAAGAAGGCCAAGUUUGCCUGCCCUGCACUUUAUCAAAGGAGCGGGGAAGAAGGAAUCAUCGAGGCAUGGGGGUCCACACUGCAAUGUUUUUGUGGAACAUGAAGCCCUUCAAAGGCCAGUAGCAUCUGACUUCGAGCCCCAAGGUCUCAGUGAAGCAGCUCGUUGGAACUCCAAGGAAAACCUUCUUGCUGGUCCCAGUGAAAAUGACCCCAACCUUUUUGUUGCACUGUAUGAUUUUGUGGCCAGUGGGGAUAACACUCUAAGCAUAACUAAAGGUGAAAAGCUCCGGGUCUUAGGCUACAAUCACAAUGGGGAAUGGUGUGAAGCCCAAACCAAAAAUGGCCAAGGGUGGGUCCCAAGCAACUACAUCACACCAGUCAACAGUCUGGAGAAGCAUUCCUGGUACCACGGACCCGUGUCCCGCAAUGCCGCCGAAUACCUGCUGAGCAGUGGAAUCAACGGCAGCUUCUUGGUGCGGGAGAGCGAGAGCAGCCCUGGCCAGAGGUCCAUCUCACUGAGAUACGAAGGGAGGGUGUACCACUACAGGAUCAACACUGCUUCUGAUGGCAAGCUCUACGUCUCCUCAGAGAGCCGCUUCAGCACUUUGGCCGAGCUGGUUCACCAUCACUCGACUGUGGCAGACGGGCUCAUCACUACCCUGCAUUACCCAGCCCCCAAGCGCAACAAGCCCACUGUCUACGGCGUGUCCCCCAACUAUGACAAGUGGGAGAUGGAGCGCACGGACAUCACCAUGAAGCACAAGCUGGGAGGAGGCCAGUACGGGGAGGUGUACGAAGGCGUGUGGAAGAAGUACAGCCUGACGGUGGCCGUGAAGACCCUGAAGGAGGACACCAUGGAGGUGGAAGAGUUCCUGAAGGAAGCUGCAGUGAUGAAGGAGAUCAAACACCCUAAUUUAGUGCAGCUUCUCGGGGUCUGCACCCGGGAGCCCCCGUUCUAUAUAAUCACUGAGUUCAUGACCUAUGGGAACCUGUUGGAUUACCUGAGGGAGUGUAACCGGCAGGAGGUGAAUGCUGUCGUGCUGCUGUACAUGGCCACGCAGAUCUCGUCAGCCAUGGAGUACCUGGAGAAGAAAAACUUCAUCCACAGAGACCUCGCUGCCCGGAACUGCCUGGUAGGGGAAAACCACCUGGUGAAGGUGGCUGAUUUUGGCCUGAGCAGGUUAAUGACAGGGGAUACCUACACAGCCCACGCCGGGGCCAAGUUCCCUAUCAAAUGGACCGCACCUGAGAGCCUGGCCUACAACAAGUUCUCCAUCAAGUCCGACGUCUGGGCAUUUGGAGUGUUGCUUUGGGAAAUUGCUACCUAUGGCAUGUCACCUUACCCAGGAAUUGACCUGUCCCAGGUGUAUGAGCUGCUGGAGAAAGACUACCGCAUGGAGCGCCCGGAAGGCUGCCCAGAGAAGGUCUACGAACUCAUGCGAGCAUGUUGGCAGUGGAAUCCCUCUGAGCGGCCCUCCUUUGCUGAAAUCCACCAAGCUUUUGAAACAAUGUUCCAGGAGUCCAGCAUCUCAGACGAAGUGGAGAAGGAACUGGGGAAGAAAGGAGUGCGAGGGGCUGCAGGUCCUUUGCUGCAGGCCCCAGAGCUGCCCACCAAGACAAGAACCUCCAGGAGAGCUGCAGAACACAAAGACUCCACCGACGGGGCUGAGACCCCCCACCCCAAGGGCCCAGGGGAGACUGAUCCUCUGGACCACGAGCCUGCUGUGUCUCCGUUGCUCCCUCGAAAAGAGCGAGGUCCCCAGGAUGGUGGCUUAAAUGAAGAUGAACGCCUUCUCCCCAAAGACAAAAAGACCAACUUGUUCAGUGCCUUGAUCAAGAAGAAGAAGAAAACAGCCCCAGCCCCUCCCAAACGCAGCAGCUCCUUCCGGGAGAUGGACGGCCAGCCGGAGCGCAAGGUGGCCGGCGAGGAAGAGGGCCGGGAGAUUAGCAACGGCGCCCUAGCUCUCGCACCCUCGGACACACCCGAGCCAGCCAAGUCCCCAAAGCCCAGCAGCGGGGUUGGUGUCCCUAAUGGAGCCUUCCGGGAGUCGGGGGGCACAGGCUUCCGGUCUCCACACCUAUGGAAAAAGUCUAGCACGCUGACCAGUAGCCGAUUAGCAGCCAGUGAAGAGGAGAAUGGCGGCAGCUCCAGCAAGCGCUUCCUGAGGUCCUGCUCUGCCUCCUGUGUGCCCCAUGGGGCCAAGGACACAGAGUGGAGGUCUGUCACACUGCCUCGGGAUCUGCAGUCCACAGGAAGACAGUUUGACUCAUCCACAUUUGGAGGGCACAAAAGUGAGAAGCCAGCUCUGCCUCGGAAGCGGGCAAGUGAGACCAGGUCUGACCAGGUGACCAGAGGCACAGUGACCCCCCCGCCCAGGCUGGUGAAGAAGACCGAGGAAGCCGUGGAUGAGGUCUUAAGAGACGCAGCAGAGUCCAGCCCGGGCUCCAGCCCUCCCAGUCUGACUCCAAAACUCCUCCGUAGGCAGGUCGUGGUGGCUCCUUCCUCUGGCCUUCCCCACAAGGAAGAGGCCGGGAAGUCCAGUGCCUUCGGGACGCCUGCAGCUGAGCCAGUGCCCCCCACCAGCAGAGCGGGGCCAGGUGCAUCUGGAGGGACCAGCAAGGCCCCCAACGAGGAGUCCAGAGUGAGGAGGCACAAGCCCUCCUCCGAGUCCCCAGGGAGAGACAAGGGGAAGUUGUCCAAGCUCAAACCCGCCCCACCACCCCCACCACCAGCCUCUGUUGGGAAAGCCGGGAAGCCCUCUCAGAGCCCGAGCCAGGAAGCAGCCGGGGAGGCAGGCGCCUGUGGAAAAGCAAAACCCACGGCCCUGGUUGUGGAUGCUGUGAACAGUGACACUGCCAAACCCAGCCAGCUGGGAGAGGGCAUGAAAAAGCCCGUGCUCCCAGCUGUGCCAAAGUCGCAGUCAUCCACCAAACCAGCAGGGACCCCGACCAGCCCAGUCCCCGCUCCCUCCGUGUUGCCGUCAGCAUCCUCCACCCUGGCAGGGGACCAGCCGUCCUCCACCGCCUUCAUUCCUCUCAUAUCGACUCGCGUGUCUCUUCGGAAAACCCGCCAGCCUCCGGAGCGAAUUGCCAGUGGCGCCAUCACCAAGGGUGUGGUCCUGGAUGGCACUGAGGCCUUGUGCCUUGCUAUCUCCAAGAACUCUGAGCAGAUGGCCAGCCAUAGCGCUGUGCUGGAAGCUGGCAAAAACCUCUACACGUUCUGUGUGAGCUACGUGGAUUCCAUCCAGCAAAUGAGGAAUAAAUUCGCCUUCCGCGAGGCCAUCAACAAACUGGAGAAUAACCUCCGGGAGCUUCAGAUCUGCCCGGCGACAGCGGGGAGUGGCCCAGCGGCCACUCAGGACUUCAGCAAACUCCUCAGCUCCGUGAAAGAGAUCAGUGACAUCGUGCAGAGGUAGCAGAAGCCAGGCAUCAGGCUAGCCGGACCCACCUUCCCCGUGCCCUCAACAGUGGCUGACACAGGAGCAGGAGCUGAGACCUUGGCCCAGGGGCUCUGCAGCGGGCGGAGCUGAGAGCUGCCGUGGAGUACAGCCGACUACCUAUGUUGUGCACCAACUGUCCUCCUGUGCUCUCCUCCCCUCGGCCCAGGCUCCCUGAGCCGCCUCAGUCCGCGUUCUAUCUGUGGAGUUCCUGCUCUGUGGACUGCAGUCGCGCCCCGGCCUCUCCCGCACACAGCGCUCCAGAACCGAGCGCCAGGCAGGUGGCAAGGCGGGGGAGCGUCUCCUUUUGUAUUUCUUUCUGGAGGACCUCCUCUGGCUAUGUCUUCACCUCCAUUUCCCCCAAGAACGAGUGCCCCGGCCAGGAGCCAUGUCACCAAGGCCUUGGGAACUGUCCCCUCUGCUCACCCUGUGGAGGGAGCCUAUGCGCUCAUCUUUGUUGUGCCUCCUACGCUGAAGACACAUUUCCAGAACUACAUCCUGGAAAGCGCUGCCAGCUGGUCACUCUGCCCUCCACUGCUACCAGGGGCAGGUGCCCUCACCGUUUCCUCGUGUGAAGGACAGCUCUUGACUCAGAGGGUAAAACCGGGUGGGUGCUCAAACCAGCCAGGCUUUGGGUUCUGGGACGGGUGGGGAAGCUGGAGAGGCCACGGUGUGAAAGAGUGUCCUUGUCAUCUGGUCUCUCCAUGUCCUUAGAGCCUAGUUCCUUGCUCUCUUGUGACACGCACUGCUAAUCCUGGAUAGGAAGCUUGAGUCUUAAGGGCAGCAGGGUCGAUGUCCAGCAUAAGGGGGCAGGGGACGCACAAGGGGCAGUUAGUUGGGUGAACAGCUCGUGUCAAGAUGGCCCCGGGGCUGGGCCUAGGCAGGUCUGCAGGGCCCAGGGUUACCUUCCUUUCAGAUUUCCAGGGGCUCUGAGAAGUCACUCGGUCGAAUUUCUGCCCCGUCUCCUUCCCCUCCCUUGUCCUCUAAGAGAAAGUAGACCUUGCAGGGCUCUUUCCUCUGUGACCAGCCAGUCUUCAAUGUUCUGGACUUCUUGAAGCAUUUCAGAGCUCUGCCCGCAGCACAGCCCCCUCCGACACAGAAACAGCUGGCUCUGGGUGGCAGCACACAGGAGGACAGGCCUGGGCACUGGAGCCCAGCUGGUGUCGGCCGCGCGCUCACGGGCGAGUGUCUUAUUUAACGACCACGAACAACGCUUAGCCUCAUGUUUCUGUUGGGGUCAUCAGGGAUGAAGAAAACCACAGACAAACGAAACCCCAGGAAGUGUCUCAGAGAGCAGGCCUGUGUAAUCCCCCCCGGGCUUUCCCAGGACCAGGGCCCAGGUCUCCUUGACCGUGACCUAGAGCAGCUACUGAAGAGCGGGCAGGCCCUGCCCGGGCCUCACGCCCAGCCCAGGAGCAGCCCUUGGAGAAACCAGGAGAAAACCACCUUCUGCUCCCCAUGCCGUGACCUCGCACAGGCCCUGUUUUUAUGCAGAUCACCUAAAUCUGUAUUUUAUUUCUCUGGUAGAGAGGGUUUCCUCUGGAUCAUUUUCUGCUGUGCUCACAGCACAUCACCUCUGUGCCCCCCAGACUGCUGUGUUAGACAGACUGAGGGAGGGGCUAUAACACCACCAGCGGCCUUGCAGACAAAACAAGCCCCACCAGCUCCCCUGCUGCCUGUUUCUGUGAGGUGCUGGUCUCUUCCUUUUGUUCACGUGAUGUGCCACUAUAUUUUGCAUUUAUCCCUUGGUAUUACACUCUUUUAUAAAUGACCUGUAAAUAGUUUUCCACUCUCCUCCCUUCUCAAAUGCCUAUGGUGUCUUUUUUUUGGUCCAGUACAUUUUGUUUCUGUAUAUGACUCUUUGUGUUUUUUGAAUCCACAUCUCUCCUCCGUAGUAUUUUUUAAAUAAAUGUUUACAACAUUAGAACUUGG